CAUCUCUUACGUUGUGCAUGCACUCCGAAAGGCUGACUUGAAAGUCUGCUUGGGUAUUGUCACCAGCAUGCCCGACAAGGACAUUGUGACUGGACUGUUUGAGUCUGGCACAGGCGAAUGGAUACAGAUCAUUGUACUGGUCUUUGGGGGUUGCUGCUCCAACGUAUGGGCCCUGGAAUCGAUGCUGAAAGAGCAUCCCAACGCAGGCUCGUUCCUCACUUUCGCGCAGUUCCUCUACAUCACCUUACAGAACCUAUCCGCUCAGCUGGUCUUUCCAAAAGAUGUCAAGACGGGUGAACAUUCCUGGAUCCCAAGACCGAAGCAGAGGGCAGUGCCGAUUCGGAGGUGGAUGGUACAGGUUUUACUUGUCCUCGGAGUCAACCUCAUGAACAAUUAUGCCUUGGGCAUGAAGAUCCCCAUGACGGUGCAUAUCAUCUUUCGAAGUGGUGGAUUAUGCGUCUCGAUGAUUGUAGGGUAUCUUAUCGCUGGGAAGAGGUAUUCAAUGGGGCAAAUCCUCGCCGGAGUCAUGAUCACCGUGGGGAUCGUCAUCGCAACCACCUCUGCUCCUCGGAAGAGGGGUGCGCAUGACGUUUCAGCGUCCGCACAAAAUACCGACAGUUCAUUAUACCUUCUUGGAGUGGGUUUACUAUCGGUCGCAUUGGUCAUCUCGUCCCUGUUAGGAUUAUGGCAAGAAGGCACUUAUGCACGGUAUGGAAAGCAAUGGCGUGAAGGGUUGUUCUACAGUCAUUUUCUCUCCUUGCCAUUCUUCCUACCGAUGUAUUCUGCCAUCUCAAGCUCUACGAGUUCAUUCGUUCACUCGAAACCGGUGAAUCUCUUUGUUCUACCCCCGAGUGCAAGGCAGAAUGACAUGCUGGGCAUCGCGAAGCUCCUGACCGCUGUCACCCUGCCGUCAGCUCUGGUGGCUCUCGCGAUCAACGUCGUCACGCAAGGCAUUUGCAUCCGUGGCGUCAAUCGAUUGACAGCGCGCGUCAACUCGACCACGGUCAAUCUUGUCCUGACAUUGCGAAAAGCGGUUUCCUUGGCCAUCUCUGUAUGGUUCUACGGCAGCGGCGUCACAUCAGGUCUGCUCCUUGGAGGUGCUCUGGUCCUAGUGGGUACCGUCAUCUAUUCUUUCGCCUCUACUUCUAGCACUGUGGCAGUAAUAAAGCCCGUUGAACCGGCCGAGAAUGGUACAGACAGCGAGGGCAAAGGCAAGGCAUCUGGGGUCGAGAGCCAGGGCAACCUGAGACAGCGAAAGACGAUAUCAUGACAGUCGUUCUUGUGCGCCAUAGUCGCUUGUAGAUGUAUCCAUCCUCCAUCAGCUUGCCUCGUGUCUCUGUACCAUGGCCUCGCCUUGUUAUCGUAUCUCGCCGAUG